AUGAAGUGUGUCCUGCUCGUCCUGGCCCUUGUGUGUGGCAUUCAGGCCACCAUCAUCCCCCAGGUCAAAGACCUGCACAUCCAGAAGUUGGAAGGGAAGUGGAACACAAUGCUUAUGGCAGCCACCUAUGCCCCCCUGCUGAACAACAGCUCGACUUACAAGGUUUUCAUCAAGAAUAUGAAGGUCACCACCCAGAAGGACAUGGAGAUCACUCUGAGCAAACAAGUGAACCAGAAUUGCGAAGAGAGUCACAUCGUGGCCCUGAAAACCCAGGACCCUGCUGUGUUCAUGGUGGACUUUGAAGGGAAGCAGAAGGUCACUGUGCUGGACACCGACUAUGACCAUUAUGCUGUCUUCUGCAUGGAGGUGCCAAAGGAUGAUGUCCAGAAGUACAAUGUGUGCCAGUACAUGACCAGAACCAUGAACCCCAAGGAGGGAGAGAUGAUGGUGAAUUUCGCCAAAAUCCUCAAGAACAUGCCUCAGCAACCCCAGAUUAUCCUGAAUAUGGUGCAGAUGAAAGAGCACUGCCGCGUCUAA